AUGAAAGACAAGAUGCAGAGGCACAACCUCUCAGCAGUGUCUGAGUUCAUUCUCAUCGGCCUUUCUGAUGCUCCACACGUCCGUUUGCUCCUCUUUGUGCUGUUCCUGACCAUUUAUUUGGCCACCAUGGCAGGCAACAUCACAAUCCUCCUUGCUGUCAGCACAGACCCCCGCCUGCACAACCCCAUGUACUUCUUCCUGGGCAACUUAGCCUUGCUGGAUAUCUUAUGUCCUACUAUCACCGGGCCCAAGAUGCUGGGGGCCUUGUUGCUUGACAACAAGGGCAUUUCCUUCAAGGGCUGCCUCUUCCAGCUCUUUUUCCUCAUUCAUGUGGUAGGCACAGAGAUCUUCCUCUUGGCUGUCAUGGCCUACGACCGCUACGUCGCCGUAUGCCACCCCCUGAAGUACCCGAACAUCAUGAGGAUGAAGCUGUGUGCUCACCUGGCCAUUGGCACCUGGCUGGUAGGGUUUUUGAACUCCCUCCUGCACACCUCUUUGGUUUUUACCAUGCCUUUUUGUGACUCCAACCAAGUGGACCAAUAUUACUGUGACAUUCCUCCUGUGCUGGGCCUCUCCUGCUUGUCUACUUGGAGCAGGGAACUGGUGAUUCUGGCAGUCGCUGGGGUGCUGGGGAGCGGCGCCUUUGUGCUCACUCUCACCUCUUAUCUCUACAUCCUCCUGGCCAUCCUGGCCACCAACUCCUCCCAGAGCAGGCACAAAGCCUUCUCCACCUGUGCUUCUCACCUGACCGUGGUUUGCCUUUUCUAUGGGACCACCAUCUGCACCUACGUGCGCCCUUCCUCCACCUACUCACCUCUGCGGGAUAGGAUCGUUUCCAUGCUCUAUGGAAUCCUCACCCCCCUGCUCAACCCCAUCAUCUACAGCCUGAGGAACAAAGAGCUGAGAAGUGCCCUAAGGAGAGGGAUCAGACAGCUCAGAACGGCUGUCACAGCACAACAACACCUCGCCCAGUCUCGGGCGUCCUCUGCAGCUCCAGCAGUUGGAUAG